GAGAAUUCUUUCUCGCCCUUCAGUCAUUUAUCAACGAGCGUUCUUCUUCACACUCCUUCCUCCCCAUCGAUCAUCAUCAUGGCCACCGACUUGUUCUUUGCUCAAAAAGCGGCCAUCAUCUCCACGCUCGUGUUGUACAUCAAAUACUUGGUCGUCACGCUCAUCGGCGCUCGCAAGCGCGAACUCGCAGGCCUCCGCGCCCCCGAAGACACGCCCGACCAGAAGCAGAACUUUGGGCUGGUUGUAGACGCCGUCGAAGACGGACAGCAGUCCAAGGAAGCCACGCAGCAAGCGGCCCUGGUUGACGAAAGGCGCUGGAGCCGCAUCACGGCCAACGACUUGGAAAACAUCCCACUUGGACUCAUCGUGGUAUGGGCGUCAAUUCUGAGCGGCGGCGACACGGACAUCAACGGCAUCAGCAUCAUCGUGUUCGCGGGUGUGCGCAUUCUCCACACGGUGUUCUACGCGUUGGCGUGGUCCAAGCCCCGAUCGGUUGCAUACAUGGUCGGUGUCGCCGCCAUCCUCGUCAUGGCCGUAGCUGGCAUUGUUGGCGCGUUCAAGAAAUAAUGGAACGGCAACACUUCGUCGUUUUGUUUGCAUUGUUGAGUUGCAUAUUUCGUUUUUAAUUGAAAAAGACUUUUUAAGUUCACA